CGUCCCCCGCUGAAGGGCUAACUCCCGUUUCCAGUGGAAGUCCAUCCCGGCUCGCAGGGACGCUCUGGCUCUCCCUGUGCCCGGGCGGCUCUAAGGGUCUGUCACUGAACCUGAAGCUCACCAGUUCAGCUAGACUGCCUGGCCAGUGAACUCCAAAGAUUGACCUGUCUCUCUCUUCCCGUUGCUGAAAUUUCAGAAAGAAAGUAUUUGCUGGCCUCCUGUCCUGGAACAACAGCUGGACUUUCGGGGAUACAGUAAGUGAGUACAAGCAGGUUGCUGUAGAGAGACAAGAAAAGGAACUCAGGAGCUGAAAGAAAAGAAAGCAUCUUGGACAUUUUGUAACAGAAGAGAAUAUCUCGGAAGGUGCUUGUCAGCUGUGAAAAUGUCUGACAAGAACCAGAUCAUUGCCAGGGCUUCCUUGAUUGAGCAACUGGUGUCAAAAAGGUAUUUUGAGGAUAUUGGUAAACAGCUUACUGAGCUAGAAAUGAUUUAUGUGUCUAAGGAACAUCUGCAAGAGACAGAUGUAGUCAGAGCUGUUUACAGAGUCCUCAAAAACUGCCCAUCAGUGGCUUUGAAAAGGAAGGCCAAGUGUCUUUUGGCAAAAUGGAGAGGUUUCUAUAAGACUACACACUUUAAAACAAAGGAAAGCCUUAAAGUACUCCAUACAGAAGUUAAUACAGAAGAAAGUGUAGCAGUUUCUGAGGAUGUAAGCCAGGAUGAAACAUCAGGCUCUAGCCAUAAUGAGAUACUGGGUCUCUGCAGUUCUCUUUCUAGGCUGUCACCCCAAGAUGCUACAAAGCCUGCUGAAGCAGUUGGGUCUGAAAGUAACACUGCUCAAAUGGAAAUUAAUGAAGGCUGUUCGGAGGGUGAUGACUCUAGAUCCACCAGCAAGGACUCUGGUGUGUUACAAGAUCCCUUAGUGUCCAUGAGAUCUAAGUGUGUAGAACUUCUUUACACAGCAUUAGCUAGUUCUUGCACAGAUGACACAAAAGUUUACAUAUGGCAGAACUUAGCAAGAGAAAUUGAAGAGCACAUUUUUGCCCUUCAUUCAAACAAUAUCAAAAAAUAUAAAACUAGUAUUCGAAGCAAAGUUGCCAAUUUGAACAACCCCCAAAAUUCUCAUUUACAACAAAACUUGCUGUCUGAAGCCAUGUCUGCAGCGGAAUUUGCUGAAAUGACUGUCCUGGACAUGGCAAACCAGGACCUGAAGCAGUUGAGAGCUUCCUACACAGAAUCCAGUAUUCAGGAACAUCAGCUUCCCCAAACACUUGAUGGCACACAGACAGAUAAAAUUAAGUGUAGGCGCUGUGAUAAAUACAACUGCAAGGUUACUGUAAUUGCCAGAGGAACACUUUUUCUUCCAAGUUGGGUGCAGAAUUCAAACCCAGAUGAACAAAUGACCUAUGUCAUUUGUAAUGAAUGUGGGGAGCAGUGGUACCAUAACAACUGGGUGUGCUUUUGAUGUGUAAAUAGUCUUUUUAAGAGCAUGUGUUCACCUUUUUGUUCCCACCCCACCCCACUUUUUUUUUUUUUUUUUUUUUUUUUACAAAAUCCUAAUCUUAUUUUUGUCUUCAGAAUUUUGGUUUGUGAAAGAUGUCAGUAUGUAGCCAGAGCUGGCCCAGUCUUAUGAGUGCUUGCAUUACAGGAGCAAACACCACCACACCUGGCUUUCUGUACUGUUCGUACUAAAGACUAAGAAAAGAGAGUUGUUUGCCAAAGUGUAGGCUAUAGAAGGCUAUCACAUUGUACUUUGUGACCACUUAGUACUUUACUUAGAGUGGUACUGUAACUCCAUGCAGCUUGAGAGCAUGUUAGAGAUGAAGACUUUUGCCUGAUGCUCCUUGAGUCCUGAUAUGCAUUUUGACAGAGUCCCCAGGUGAUCCUUGGGAUGCUUUGAGAAUCACUGACAUAGCAGCAGGCCUGUGGUUCUCAGGAGUGAUUAUAUAUUUGAAUUUUCUGGAAAGCAUUGAAAUGUACUGGUGCCAAGGGCCAAGCCCAGUACAGUUCAGUAUGAACAAUGGUACUUGACCCAGUAAUCAACAUUGCUUUGGUCACAUCUUGGUUUAUUUUAAGUUGCAGUUAAGAGUUAGAAACUACCUGUAAAUGGUCUCUCAUUUGAACCUUUCCAUAGUUCUGAAGAAAUUAAUGUUAUUCUGGAGACUUUACAGAUGAGGAAAGAGGCCCACUUGCCCAGGUUACACACCUGUAGUAGUCUGCCUCACACUGAUGUCAGAUAUUCCAGCUUACUUCUGAAGAAGCAGGUGUGAUGAUGGCACAUGCCUGUAAUCCAAAUGCUAGGGAGAAUGAGGCAGGCAAAUGAGGCAGGAGGAUUUAUGUGAGUUCAGGGCCAGUUUGACUUGCAAAGUCCCUGUCUCAAAACUGUGAAAAGGGCAUCGUGUUUCAAGCCUGUAAUCCUAGCAUUUGGAGUGCUAAGGCAGAAUCUCAUGAUUGAGGGCAGCCUGGGUUUUAUAGAAAAACAUUGCCAAAUCCAAAAAGAUUCAGUCUGAGAAUGACUUAAUAUUGACUUUGUAAGAAGUAUACUCUUGGAAGUGGGUACUAAGCAAAUAGUAUAUGGGAACUCUAAGGUUAGGUGACUGGAGUUUUAUUCUUUCAUCCUUAAUUUUCUCAUUUUUCAAGUCUCUUUUGACUGGUGAAAAGUUGCACUGUAAGUUAGAGUUUGGCUUGGAGCCUGUUUCCUUAGUUGAAUGACCUGUAUAUUUUUUGAGCACUUCAUAAAGUAUGAUCUAUAGUUUCUUGAUGUUAGGAAUCUGUAUGCCUUCAAAGUGCCUGUGUGUUGGGUUUGAAAUUCAAAUUAUGCUCAUGUAAAAAUGGCACUGGUUGUUAGAGGAAGUUCACUCUUUCAAUCUCAACAUUUAUUUACAUACUAACUGAAGAGGAAAUCACUUCUCUUAGGACUUUGCAAACAGUGUUUACUGAUUUGUAUGUUUAUACACAAUCCUUUUUUAUGUUAUUAUGACUAAUUUUUUUCUUAAAAGUGAUACAAUGUUUGUCAUUUGGGGUUUUGAUUUUUUUUACCAUGUAAAACAAUUUUAUACAUAAUCAACACAAAACCUUGCAUAUCUGUACUCCUUUUACAGUUGACCAGGUGAUUAGAUACACAUUUUUUCUUUUGUUGUUUGGCAAUACUUGAAGAGUUUCUAUUUUUAUAAGACUAGCUUCACUCUAGCCUAAGCUGGGCUCAAACUCACACUGGCCAGCCUUAACCUCCAGGGUGCUAUGAUUGGCAGUGUAAGACACCAUUUUGAUAUGAUUUUAUCAUAUCAAAGAGUUUUUCUUAGUUCCAUAUAAACUCACAUUUUCACUAGGUAUUAUCCUCUAACUCGGCAGUAUUCCUUCGAUGGGAUCUGCAGGCUUUUCUUUAUAUCUAUCUUUACCUCCAUAUGACAGUUCCCCAAUGGAUGCACAAAACUAGCAAACAUUUCUGUUUUAGAUUUUUUUGAAGAAACCAACUUGAAGCUGUCAAGUCUGAAUUAUAUUUUGUUGUAUUUUCUCCAUAUAGCAUUCCAGGGCUGUUCACCAUGAUGCAAUGUCUUAGUCCUUUAAAGAGUAACAUACAAAGUCAUCAAAAACUUAAAAGUUUCACAAAAUGUGGUUUCAUGUGACUUGGAAUGAUCUUUAAACCUAGACAGUGGUUGUGCAAGAGCACACACAGCAUAUAAAAACCUUGUUUAAUUUGUUCAAGUCAGUUUGGUGCUUGGAUUUUCUGUGUAUCUAUGUAUGGUUCUUUAUAUUGAGAUUUUGUAAGCUAUGUUUACCAAAAAUAAAAGCAUUU